UUCUUAGCAGAGAGGAGGCAGGUGUUGCUUUGUAUAGACAAUCUACAGACUCCUGCCCUUCUGCUUCAUGAUGUCAUCAUCUCCACCUCCCUCACCUGUCGCAUUGGAAAUAUAAAAGGAGCUUGUUUCCACAGCAUCACCACAUCAUAUAGCUACACAAAGGGUGGAGACAGCAAUCGCUUGGCCAAAAUAGCAAGGAAAAGGAGAAUUCUGGGCCAGAGCAUCCACAGGAAGACAGCACCAUGUCGAUGGGAAUGGAGAUUGGGGGCAUUGCCCUGGGUCUAGUGGGAUGGAUCAUUAGUAUUGUCGCCUGUGCUCUGCCUAUGUGGAGGGUCACAGCUUUUAUCGGUGCUAACAUAGUCACAGCCCAGGUCAUCUGGGAGGGUAUCUGGAUGACCUGUGCAGUGCAGAGCACUGGGCAGAUGCAGUGUAAGGUGUACGACUCCAUGCUGGCUCUUCCUCAGGACAUGCAGGCUGCCCGAGCCAUGGUCAUCAUCUCCAUUAUCCUGGCUGUGCUGGCUGUGAUGAUCUCCAUCAUGGGAGCCAAGUGUACCAACUGCAUCGAGGACGAAGCCUCGAAGGCCAAAGUCAUGAUCGUCUCCGGGAUUUUAUUCAUCCUUGCUGGCAUCCUCCAGCUCAUCCCCGUUUCCUGGUCAAGCAACACCAUCAUCCAGGACUUCUACAACCCUACACUUCUUAGCAGUCAGCGCAGAGAGCUCGGAGCGUCGCUGUACCUUGGCUUUGCGGCUGCUGCCCUGCUCAUCAUUGGAGGAGCCUUACUGUGCUGCACCUGCCCCCCACGGGAGAAGAGGUACAAGCCUGCAAAAUUGGGCUACUCUGCUCCACGCUCCACCAGCGGCUACGACAGGAAGGACUACGUCUGAAAAUGCUCAAAAAGAAGAUUUUAUCAUUUCAUAGGUCAAAAUGUGAGUGUGGUUUCAUAAUUUCAAGAAACUUCUGAGAAGACUCCGAAAUGAAGGGCCUUGUUAUGCUGUCAAUAUUUGCUUUGCGCUCUGUUUGCUGUGUUUGUUUAGUGUCCUUCUAAAAACGUUUGGCUUAAAAUAGUUGUCUUUUUAUGAUGUUUUAUUGUUAUAUUGACUGAAAUUGUCUGCACCUUUUAGUGUAAUAUAAACCUUUUUAUAUACAAGGACUACAAGGUUAUUUUGUGCAGGUUUUUAAAUAUAUUUCAUUGUAUAUGUAAACAUUUAGUUAACAAUCAUAUUUGUUCUGAAAAAAAAUACAUUGAGUAAAAAAUUUAAGUUUUAUACUUGUAUAAAUGUAUGGUGUGUCCACUGGCUUCUAACUCAUGACUCAUGCGGUGAGGUAAAAGGAAGAGAUCCCCUUUUACAUGUAUUUGUUUAUGAAAAUCUGAGCAGGGACAGGAACUGAGAUCCUAUGUCUGAGCCCUACUUUACUCUUCUUUUCUUCUUCCAUAUGCUUUUAGAUAACACUUUAUGCGGGACUGUGUUUCAGUGUUUGUUUUUUUUAUUUAAACUGUAAGGAUUUUGCUUGUGCAUGUGUUAACAUUUUACAUUUCAAUUUUAAAUACAAAAGGUACAAACUAUGCAAUAGUUAGUUGUGUGUCAUUUCACUGAAUUGUUUGUUUUUAGCAGAAGCAGUUAAACUCAAUAUUAAAUUAAGUAGGCUUUUAAGAUAUAUUUCAAACUCUGUGUGUAGUGUUGUAACCGCUGACAUUAUUUACUUUGUCCCUAAUAACAACAAAGAAGACAAAAUGCUGGGUGGUAUACAGAAUACACACUGCAAAAUGUCUUAGCAUACAAAGGUUCGAAAAGUAGAACUGUUUGCUAUAGGAGGUGGCAGACAAAUUAAAGUGAGAGAGAAAGAAAGAGAGAGCUGUGUGUGUGUGUAUGUGUAUAUGUGUUUGUGUGUGCCUGCAUGUAUGCUUGUUGUUGAAUACAUUCUCUUCAGGGAACAAAUUUCUAUUUACAUCUAUAACAUAUUGGG